GUUUGGCAGUGCUCCAUGCUGUUAAAGGUCAUGUCAAAAUUUAAUUUUUUUUAAACACUAUUUGAAUAGGAAGUAUUACUUUUAUUAAUAAUAUAUAAUAUUUUCUCCUCCAAAUCUCAACACAAUGACUGCAGGUGUAAUACUUACUGGAUUGGGAUUGGCGGCUGUAGGGUUUGCAGGUCGAUAUGCCAUGAGACAAAUGCCAAAUGUAACAAAAGCAAUGAAUGAAGCUAUACAGAAUUUACCAAAGUUUGAUGCUGAGAGUAUGGCUUCAUCAAAGUACUACAAGGGUGGUUUUGAUGCUAAGAUGAACAGGAGAGAAGCAGCAUUAAUAUUAGGUAUUAGUCCAACUGCCAAUAAAGCUAAAGUGAAAGAUGCUUUUAAAAAAGUUAUGGCAGUAAAUCAUCCAGAUCGUGGAGGUUCCCCAUAUUUAGCUUCCAAAAUUAAUGAAGCUAAAGAUUUCAUGGAGAAACAAUAGGACAGAAAAUAAAACUUUUAGUAGAUGUGAUAUGCAAAAAUAUAUAAUAUAAAUAAGA